AGUUCAGUCCGAGAGGAGGAGGUUCAGUCCGGGUUUUGCAGCAGCUCCUUGCUGGUGACAUUAUUAUAACAAUCUGUAGUCGGCUUUGCGCUUCGCUUUGCGUGUCUGUAAAAAGCCCCACAUUAAACACUACACUUAGAGGAGCGACAUGAAAACCUCCCGAUCGGCGGAAUAUAUCGGCUUCGAGCGGUAAGGACGAGAGAAGCUGCAGGUUUAUGGGACUCAGGACUCGGAGGAAUGAAGUGAAACAUCCGGGCGGCGCUGCGCUGCUCUAACAGCGGGGACUGGGAGCGUCAUGUCCGCGAUCCGCUGUGUGUGUGUGAGCGUGUGUGUGUUAGUGUGUGUGUGUUAGUGUGUGUGAGAGAGAGUGUGUGAUUGUGUGUGAUUGUGUGUGUGUGUGUGUGUGUGUGUGUAUGCAUGUGCAUGUGUGGAGCACAUUGAUUGUGUGUGUGCGUGUGUGUGUGUGUGUGUGUGUGUGUGUGUGUGCGUGUGUGUGUGUGUGUGUGUGCGUAUCCCAGCCAUCCCCGGCUCGGUUCGCCCCCCCCGUGUUGCCAUUGCUAUUCGGGAUCUAUGGAGUGCACGUGAGCACCGGUGUGACCCGGGACACGUCACUGGGGGCAAAAAUGUGGGCAUUUGGGAAAUGGAAACCAAGACAACCCUGAGGCUACCGUAACAGCAUUUCUUACUGCCCCAGAUCGUCUGAGAGGAUCAGACCCCACUCCGGCACGCUUGGGCCGUUGGCAAUAAGAUGUCCCUAAGUAGUGGCACUGCAGGCGGGAAAGGUGUGGACUCGAAUGCGGUGGACACUUACGACAGCGGAGAUGAAUGGGACAUUGGAGUUGGCAAUCUGAUCAUCGACCUUGACGCCGAUCUAGAGAAGGACAAGCUCGAGAUGUCUGCCACUAAGGAUGGGGGCGGAAUGGCUGCACCCCCCAGCGCAGUAGCAGCUUUGCCGGACAAUAUCAAAUUCGUAAGUCCUGUGUCUGCUCAGGGCAAGGAUGGUAAGUCUAAAUCUAAGCGUAAUAAAAACUCAAAGGAUUCUAGCAAGUCGUCAAUCCAAGACGGGGGUAAGAAAGAGUCACAGGCACGGACCCAGAGCGAGGGUACAGGCCCUGCUACGGGCACAGCUACAGGAGCCAUAGUCAGCACCGGCAAAGGUGCAGACAAAAGUAACAAGACUCGCAACGUUUCGAGUGGAAAGAAGGACAAAGACGGAGGAACCGGGAAAAAUAAAAAGGACAAAUCCGAAGGAGUAGCAACUGGAAACGUGACCACAGAAAAGGACACAGCAGCUCCAGUUUUAACCCUAGGACCGUCGCGCAAUAACCCGUACGAAGUAAGGCAGAACUCAGACCUAACCUGUGCCGAACAAAUUGGGAAUAUUGCCAUCGAUGCUGCUGGAAUAGUUCCUCCUUUGACUAUUAAAAGUGAGCCUGAAGAGAUGGAGAAUACUGACUGUAGGAAUCUGAAGAAAGUAAAAAGUGAAAAGAUGGAAUCCCCAGUGUCGACGCCGGCCCCACCACCUCUUCAUCUCCUCGCUCCGGUCGGCAGCACCGAUAUCUCGUCUCCGUGUGAACAGAUCAUGGUCCGCACACGCUCAGUCGCCGUCAAUACGUCCGACGUAGCGCUUGCCACGGAGCCAGAGUGUCUGGGCCCCUGUGAGCCUGGCACCAGCGUCAAUCUGGAAGGCAUCGUAUGGCAAGAAACAGAAGAUGGUAUGUUGGUUGUGAACGUCACCUGGAGGAAUAAAACCUACGUGGGCACUCUUCUGGACUGCACCAGGCACGACUGGGCUCCUCCACGAUUUUGUGAAUCACCCACCAGCGAUAUGGAGAUAAAAAAUGGCCGAGGCAGGGGGAAAAGAAUGAGACCCAACAGCAACACUCCGGUUAAUGAGAAUAGCAACUCAUCUGACAACAAGGGGAGCAAUAGCAGCAAGACACGGGCGGCGUCUAACAACAACAAAGGAAGGCGGGGCAGUCAAAACUCUUCAGAGCGCCGUACGCCACCCAAUAGUAAUACGGAGGACAUCAAGGCCAGCCCAUCGUCUCUAAACAAGCGCAAGAGCAAGCCUGCUUCAGACAUGGAGCCAAAUUCUAGCUCAGAGGACACAAAAGGUAACAAGCGUAUGCGCACCUGCUCAAACAGUGGAAUGCCUCAUUCGGUCCUUCCCAUUCCCGUUAUCAAAGCAGAGCCACUGCCCCCUUCACUAGAUCGCAGUUGCCCCUCUCCAGUGCUUAUUGACUGCCCUCAUCCCAACUGCAACAAGAAAUACAAGCACAUAAAUGGCCUGAAGUACCACCAGGCGCGUGCCCACAAUGAUGAUGAUAUCAAACUGGAAAUGGAUGGGGACAGUGAAUACGGGGAGGAUUCUACGUUGCAUCCGGAACCAGGCAGCUGCAAUGGAGCCUCUAUUUCGCAGAAAGGCUGCGUCUCUCCGGCUCGAUCGGUUACCCCUAAAGGCAGAGGUUUUGAUGCUCAGAGCCCAUCGCCUUCGUCGGGCAAGUACGCCUCCAAACAGUCCAGCAAAAAGAAGGCUGAGGCUGACCACGAUUCUGGAGUGCAUUUAGAUGGCUGUGAUGAUGGCCCAUGUCUGACAGAUGAGGCUAGCAACGAUGGCAUCGAUGACAAGAAAAGUUUAGACAAGGCUAAGAAGUCUGGUUCCAAAGCAGAUAAGCUCUCUCAGAAGUCUGUCAAGUCUGCAAGACCAAUUGUACCAUCCAUACCACCACAACAGCUCUAUGGCUUGCCAGCGUCAGGCUUCCCCGCGCCCAACUCUAGUUCGUCUAUGAGCAUGAGCACUGUGGUACAGUCGGUUCCCAAAAGCCCACAGCUGAAAGCCAUCCAGCCUAAGCCUGUAGUAAGCGGAGACCCUUCCAUGAACCCGGCUUUAAGUGGUUCCAAGGACAAAAAGAAGAAAGACAAGAAAAAGAAAGAAGGUGCAAAGGAUGGUGACAGUCCCAAAGCCCUCGGAAAGGGUGGGAAGUCAGAGGAAGGAAAAAGUCCUUACUCCGAAUCCUCAGACCCAGGCAGUAAGAGUGAUUGUCUUCUCAACGGUUCAACGGAUCCCCACCAGAGUCGCUUGGCCAGUAUCAAGGCUGAAGCUGAUAAAAUCUAUAGCUUCACUGAUAACGCUCCCAGUCCAUCAAUCGGCGUAGCCAGUCGGAUAGAUAGUGGCGGUAUGCCUCAACCUCUCACCCCACUCCAUGUAGUCACUCAAAAUGGGGCAGAUAACUCCUCAGUGAAAACCAACAGCCCAGCUUACUCUGACAUUUCAGAUGCUGGUGAAGAUGGGGAGGGCAAAGUAGAAGGUGUGAGGGUAAAGUCCGAGGAUCAGGCACCCAGAGAAAGUGCUAAAAAGGCUCUUUUUGCCUCGCAGCCUCCAAACAAAGAGUCUCCCUACUAUCCCAACUACGAGACCUACUACUCGCCUAACUACGCCAAUCCAAACCCCAGCCCAGGGGUCUCAAAUACUGGUGUACAUUUGCAGGAUAGCCCUGUGAAGGUAAAAAAAGAAGAAGAGAGUGACAUAGUGGAAGAAAAAGGCAAAUUAGAGCAGCCUGAAGAUCGCAAGGCAGACAUCAGCACGUCUAGCCAGCAGCAGCAACAGCCAUCUGUUAUCCAGCAGCGCUCUAAUAUGUAUAUGCAGCCUCUCUACUAUAACCAGUACACCUAUGCCUAUGGUUAUUCACCUGACCAGGCUUAUCAUAAUCAUUUGAUGAAUACUAAUCCAGCCUACAGGCAGCAGUGUGAGGAACGGCAGAGGCAGGCUGCCGAGCAACAUAGAGUGGGAGAGAAGAAACCUGAGGCCGUUCAGAAGGACAGGGAUGUUUCUGUGAAGUCAGAGGAGUGGAAACAAAAACCAUCAGUUCCUCCGACUUUGUCUAAAGCACCAAGCAUCUCUGACCUCGGUAAGCCCUCGCCCCAGAGCAAGCCCAAAGAGCUGACCUCGGAGACAGCCAAAUCCGUCAUCAUCCCAAAGGCGGAAGAUGGGAAGCCACCAGCACAGCCACCAGAAGGGCUAAAGAUGAAAAUGACUGAUGGUGGACACCAUGGAAAAGAGGACCAGAAACUCAGUAUUGACUCUGGAAGGCCAUCAGCUAUGGAACAGGCCAUGUACAUGUACAGACAGGAGCCUGAUUCCCGAUUAUGGCCGUAUGUUUAUCCCAACAAGUACGCCGAAACACAGAAACAGCUAGACGAGGAGAGGUGGAAGGAAGAGCGAGAGCGAGAACGAGAGCGAGAACGAGAACGAGAGCGGGAACGAGAACGAGAUCGCGAAAGAGAUCGAGACAGGGAUAGAGAUCGAGAGAGAGACAGGAAAAGUAAAGAGGAGAGAUCUCGUCCCAAAGAUACUCCUAAAGAUGAUGGCAAGGAUGGGCUUGAGCCACGAACCUCAACAGCCUCUGAGGAGCAUAGAGGGAUCAGUAAAGACCCCAGAGCCCAUAUGCAGUUCUCUUCAGCUUUGCCUCAGCACCAGUCUUAUAUGCCAUACAUGCACGGAUACCCCUACGGCCAGGGCUAUGACACGGGUCACCCAGGAUACAGAGGGAUGCCGUCUGUCAUGAUGCAGAACUACCCAGGGUCUUACCUGCCAGCAGGUUACUCAUUCUCACCGUACAGCACCAAGAUCUCACCAGGCGACGAAGGUGAUAAGGCUCGUGCCAGUCCGACAGUUACCGGCAAAUCGGCUCCGGAUUCCAAAGCCUUGGAUAUUCUGCAUCAGCAUGCAAAUCAGUACAAAAGCAAAUCGCCCACAGUGGGUGACAAAGCGUCUCACGACCGAGAGCGAAGUGGUGGCGAAAGAGAGCGUGAAGGUGACCGACCACGAUCCUCUCCCUCGCAGAGAAUAAUGCCUUCCCAUCACCACCUGAGUUAUUCUCUUAUCUCUGGACAGUAUGAUUUGUCUUAUGCCCCCGCCAUUGUUGCGAGUCAGCAAGCCUCUGGACCUUCACUGUACCCCCCCGCACGGAGGUGAGAAUGGCACACUUGACAACGUCGGUACUGUCUCCUGAAUUUUGCUCCACCACCUCCAAGAGGGUGACUUGUGAACCUCAAGCUUCCCUGCAGCCAUGUGAAGAGAUCACAUGAGGAAAGACUUUGGACUUUAUGACAUCAGUUCAAUGGUGUUCCUGAAUUAUUAUUAUUUUCUUUUUCUUUUUGUUUGUUUGUUCCUGGAUACCCCCCACCCCACCCCCCACCCCCAAUCAAUGGAGAUGGAUAAGUGGGGGUUGCCUAUGGCCAUUUGGAAGAGCUUGGUCGCACGUCCCUUCUGUCACACUAAUGAGGUUCUUAUGAAGGAUGAGACACGGUGCCUUCUGCACAGAGUCACGAUGUGGUAGCUCUUAAAAAAAACUGUACAUUUGAGGAAGACGGGGGACAGAAGGAGCAGGAAACGGACAGUAUGGAAAUACCAUGUGACUACUUUGCUUUGUUUACUAGUCUGGGUCUUGAAGAUUCAAAAAACUUGACGGAACUGUUACUCGAGUGCCCCAAGGACACGCGGAUCGACGGAUAUUCCUUUUCUUUUGCAUUUUCUGCAUUCUUUUUUUUAAGAGGGAGAAAGAGAACGAUCGUUGUCCUCUCUCGAUCGUCUCUUCUCUCGUUUCCUGUCCAGACACAAACAAACACCGGCUGGACUCUAUGCAAGCAAUCGAUGCUCACCUCUUUCAUCCGGUUUAGAUUCAGGGGAUAUAAUACAGUUACAUCCUGUUAGGGGGAAGUUUUAUGUCAGCUAACGGGAGUUCAUAGAAAUGAGCCUUUUGUACUUUUGUUAAGACAUUUUACAACACCACUCUCUUCUAAAUCGGCCAGUGUCGAUCACAUAUUUCUUUUAAGGAGAUGAAGAAAUGUUUGCCCGUUUGCUCCGACGCUAGACUGGCUGCGAGUAGUAGCAAAUGUUUUUUUACCCCCUAGGGCUCCACAGUACUCCAGUGCACCUGCUCUGUAUUUAAAUCAACAGUUUGGGACUACUGACCUUUGGCUGCUUUAGAUAAGGUGCUCAAACAUGCUGCAAAGGACUCCGUAUGUAAAGGAGGGGGAGUGGGGGGGCCACUAGACUGCUUUUCCCACUAGGAGCCUGUACCUGGAGGUAGUGCCUUCCUUCCUUUGUGGCAGCACAACCAGCACCUCUGAGCAGCCCUGCUAGGAGGAAGGCAUUCAUACUCUUAUUCUUCUCCAUGGCCAGGCUUUUCUAACCGAGCCGGUCUUUCUGUGACGAGGUCACACGUGCUCGUGUGACAUGGGAUUUGACCAGACGGUUUUUUUCCGAUCCCACAUGGCCUGGUUGUAAAGCGUCUCUGUUGUUCACGAUGCUGCUGCUUGAGAGUCUCGCGUCAAACUGCAUGACCAGAGUGUCUUACCUGGGGGUGGGUGGGUGGUGGGGGGCCCUUCGGACACGCGCCGAGAGCUAAAAGAAGUCGUCUGGUGCUGGAUGUUCACGUCUGUGUGCUGUGACUAAACAGGGAGCACUAGACCCACUAUGUGAGGUCCGUAGUCGGAUCGGUACCGGAUACGCCGAUGUGCAGAGUUACUGUAUACCUGACAGUGGAGUACAUGUGCUUUCCCCCCCCUCCCGUGUUCGGAGACGGGUUAUUUCCCCCCCGGAGAAGCCCCCAGGUCCAUCUCCUUCCUUCCCACUCGGUCACGUGUAUCUCCGUGGUGUAGCAUAGCACUAGAAAAAAUAUCACCCUACACCGCGAAGGCGGCGAGCCGUACACGUUUGCCUCGCUUCCUGUCGCUACCAACCCCCCCCCCUCCCUCCCCCUCUCUCUCACACAUGCACUCAAGAUGUGCUUUCUGUAUAUAUUGUACAGAGGAAUUAUUUUAAAGAGUUUGUUGGAUGCUAUUGGAUUUUCCUACUUUUUUUUUUUUUUUUGGUCUGUUAGCAUUUUUUUCUACUAUUGUCGAUAUGAAUAUGUAGCUGGUGUAACGGCUUUAUAAUUGAAGUGUUAUAUAUAUAAAAUUUUCAGCUUGCCCCUCUCCUUCUACCCGUUUUUUUUUUCUUUUCUUCUUCUUCUUUUUCGCGAUCCCAUGUUUGCUAAGCAUGUCACAACUUCAGUGUUCACUUUUAGUUGUCCACGGUUGUUUACGUAAUAUAUGAAUGCCAGCAACUGUGGUGAGAUUUAUUAAAAGACUUUGUCCGGAUUUGUGCUAACGUACAAUAAAUAAAUUAAUUAAUUAAUACAGGUUAGUUUUCUCAGAUGUUUUCGGGCUCCGGGCCAAAUUUGCCCUCGUGCCGUUUUUACCUGUGCUGUCAGGGGCCGUGCGGUCGAUCCCUUAACAUCUUAACGUGUCGGUAAGUUAUUUCCCCUUAAAACGUAUGAUUUAUGACUAAACAGGAAAGAUGAGUGAGGAAUUUAAAUGUUGACCGCUGAUAAGUUUCGAGGGUAAAACCAGCUCCCUUUACUUCCCUGUAUGACAUUUAUCCGCUUCCAUAAUAUUCACACGAGGGUUUUUUUUUGUAUUUCUGAAAAAGCCAUUGAUUCAGUAGGAGGUUUAUUAUUCAACACUAAACACAGAAGGUGGAAAUAUCACGAGUAUAAUCGCCUGACUGACCGAAUCGUCCGACCUACACACGAUCACUCGGUCCCGGGUUAAACACUAACAGACCUGCAGGUUUUCUGUCAGGUCCCUGAACAGAUCUCACAGACUAUUUGAACACAUUUUCACCCUAAACACUCGUUUUUUUUUUCUUUUUCUUUUCUUUCUUUCUUUUUUAAGCUGAGGUAUGAUUGUUUUUCUUCAUACCCAAAUCCAAACCGUACUAAUUUACACAAAAGAAGCAUCCUUGGGGAAAAUGGGGACAGAUUUUACAUAAGUAGUAGUAACUGUUUUAUCUUUGAUCAUAUAACCAGUUAACGUGCUGUCUGGUGAAAAAGCGCUUGUGAUAAGUUAUUUCUGAGGCGAUUUCAGUACUUGUCGAACCUGAGUGAGUCGAGUCAGUCGGUUUUCGUUUCAAAGCUUUCGCAGAUGUUCACAUUUGUCUCAUAAGGUGCUACUACGCCCGGUCCCGUGCGGUCCUCGACGUGAGGACGAUCCUCCGCUCCCCGUUUUAACGUCCUGGUAUAUUUGGUCCCUGCGGAUUAUCGUUCCCAUGGUAACCCCCUCCAUUUCUCAGUUAUUGGUACUUGAAAGAAAAGAUGUUUACAGCUUUUGUUCAUUUUCUGUGUUUGGAUGCAUUUCUCUUGUAAUCCUGUCUGUCCCUAUUCCUCUGUCUCUUCAUCAUUCUUUCUCUUCCUUCUGUCCCUCGCUCUUUUUUCCUGGGAUUGUCGUAUGUAAAGUGUACAUUGCCACAUGUCUUUUUUUUAUACAAUAUUCUAACUUGCCUUUGUACAUUUAGGCAGAAAAUAAAUCUUUUUAUGAGACAAUCACUCCUGUAGCUCUGCCUCAUCUGUACUUUAUUCGAUUUUAGUUCAGUUAUUUUUGGAGCAUCAUCGUCUUCUUCCACUUUUCUAAGCUCACUCACCGCUGUGCCCGUUAACCCUCACCUGCUCAGCUAGAGACCUGGACUGUAUUUUCUCUCUCUCUCUCAUUUGAGAUUAAAAAAAAAAAAAAAAAAGGCGACUGAAUAAAUGUAAAUGUACAUACUGAGUGUUAUGAAGUUGUAAAUACAUUUAAAAGCAAAGUAAAUGUUUUAACGGAAUGUAAAUGGUCAAUAUUAAUACAAUAAAAUGUGAUAAACACCA